AUGAAUGGAGGUCGCACGAACGAUGUCUUGCUAAACUCCUGUCCAUCUGGCUGGAGUGGCCUCGGUGCCAACUGCUAUAAAGCCUUCAUCAUCACUCCAUCUCCCACAACACCUCCACUUACAUUCGACCAAGCACAAGCAGAGUGCGAAUCCUAUAAUGGCAGGUUGGCUCAACCAAAAGACCAAGCGAUCAACGACCACAUUGUGGGAUUGCGGAACGCCGGCAACGACCAGUGGGCCGCCUGGAUUGGGAUCACAGAUGAAGUAGAAGGAGACCACAGGUUUCUAGAUGGGGAACAAGUGUUAGUCUACGACAACUGGGCACAGAAUGAACCCGACGAAGCGCCCGGUGAAGCAGACUGUGUUCGCAUCGAGGCAAACCUGGUUUCUUCACCACAGUUUGCAAAUCAGUGGAGGGAUUAUCCAUGUAACCUCCCUUCGAUUGCCUACAUCUGUGAACUACAGGGCUGUCCGGCUGCUCCCCCAGACCACCCUCCAUGUGUCGAAGGAAUAUGCUUCGACCCGCCUCCCUUCAACAAUGGAGACAACUGUAUCUACAGGUGCUCCCGUAAUUGUACUGGAGCAUUAUCAGCCACCAUCGUGACAUGCAAUAACGGUGCAUGGGACGGCGAGGUGCCUGUUUGCGAAAGUGAAGAUAGGGACUGGGAAGACGAAGGUUAA